UACAUGAAGGUGGGGGACCCCAGAUAGGUGAGGUAACAUGUGGGAGGUCACCCCACCUAUCAUGUAAACGUAAUCAAAUUAAAAUGAGAGAUUAUACGGACGGGAGGGUUACCCCACCUAAGCGGGUUACCUCACCUACCUGGGGUCCCCCACCUUCAUGUAAACAGGCCCUUAGGCCCCGUCCACAGGUAUCCGUUUUUGGUUUGAAAACGAAGAGUUUUUCUCUCCCGGUUUGGUCUACUGUCCACACCUCACGUAUCCGGUGAAAAUGAUCACCGAUAACGCAUCUUUUCACAAACGCUCUCCAGAGUGGAGAUGUUUGGAAACGCCAUUUUGCUGAACUCGUGUGGAUAGACUUGAAAACGGAGUCUUUUUGCCAACGAUUACGUCACGUUGUUGGAUGCCGGUAAAUGCGCAUGCGCCCAUCAAAGAUGGCUCUGUUUUGUAGUUUUCAGUCAGACUCCAGUCACUAUUGCUUUUUAGUGUUGACGGGCCAAAACGAUUCAACAACGCAACCCGUGGAGGCGGAUUUCGUGUUGAAAACGGGGGAAAAUCUCUGUUUGCGAACAAAAAACGGAUACUUGUGAACGGAGACUAAAACUCGCUCUUGUCUUGUUUACAGUUGUAUGUACAUUUCUGGAGUGCCAGGUACAGGAAAAACAGCCACAGUGCAUGAGGUGUUACGCAGUAUUCAAGAAGCUGACGAUGAUCUGCCUGAAUUCACAUUCGUAGAGAUUAAUGGAAUGAAGCUAACAGAACCCGCUCAAGCUUAUUCUGCCUUUUUAAAGGUUGGUGCUAAACAAAAAACUUACUGGAUGGUUGUGUAAGUGCCCUUAUUUGACAUUGACAAAGCGAUCUCAUAAAAUGUUAGGAAAAAUAUAAAAGUCUAAUAAAUAAUCCGCAAAGGUGGAUUUUCGCGCAUGCUCUGUUUUCAAUUAUAUCCCAGACCUUGACGGACGAGAGAUGCGCGCUACAGUGUCAGGGAAAUGAUCUGCUGCACCAGAGAGCCGGAAAUUUCGUCUAAACUCCACCUCAUCCAUCGUUUGAACCACUCGAUUGAUCGCUGACGAACUUUUCAACGAGGUUUUCGCACAAGUUUGGCAACAGCCCAACACUAACCUUGACCGAAAUAUUAAUAUGACACGAAAAAGACAGUGUAAAAUACGGCGAUUUUCCAGACCGAAGCCAAUCGUUUCGCAUUUUUGCACGCUCGAACCAUUGUCGAAAAUUACGCGAGGCACUAAAAGAGACUACGUCAUCAUUGGACGGGUCUGGCCGCGAAAUAAGACGUGAACCAUUUAUACGAGCAGGUCGCGUCUUAUGGAAGCAGUGGCCAGAGUUGGGGCGUAUUUGUUCUCGAAUAAACGGUCCUAUUGCCUCUAUUUUCUUCACGCGCUUCCGCGCCCAAAAAUUAUGCGACCGUGGGACAGUGUGACGGGCUGGGGCACGAUCGGAAGCACGUCUACUUCGUGUCGCAGACAAUUCCCUGAUUCGCUCUGACGAAACCAAGCGCUUGAAGUGUUACCUUCUUAUUACCCCUACUGUGGCCAAUCUACUUUAUAAUCUCUGCUGGUAAAACCAAAUUCCGCACUGUUUUACUUCCAACCCUACGCGACACAACUGUUUCUGAAGAAAAUAACUUCUUUUUAUUCAGACUAACCUCACUCAGUCGUCUUGAGCUGUGUAUUUUAACAAGCGUUUUUUUCCCUAUGUAUCCACAGCUACUAACGGAACAGAAGGCCACUCCAGAGCAUGCGUCCAACCUGCUGGAUAAGCUAUUCAAUACCCCGGAUCCUAAACGCGAUCCCGUGAUCCUUUUGGUGGAUGAGGUACGAGCGUGCACUACUCGUAAGAGAACCAUUCGUUCAGUACUGUUUUGUGUUUGUUAUCGGCAAUGCCAACAUUGCUGAAACAUUCGCACGAUACUGCUCGCAAUAUUGCGCGCGAUGUUCUUCCAACACCGACCUUGAAUUGUUGUACGCAGCUUAACGCGAAAGAAAUCUGGGAAACAAUAUCCUGGGAUUCUGGGGCUUAAUUUUGUGUCUCAUUGUAUGUCGGCAGUUUUUCAUUUUGUCCGGUAUUAUGCUUGGAAUGAUCAUGCUUUUAAGAAAAAUGUAACAAUUUUUCAAUAAUACAAGUCACGGUAUUGUGGGAUGGUGACAAGAUACUAGCAUUUUAUUUGCUAAGAAUGCCACAUGAAGACGCAUCCAUUUAGCGAAGGGAGUUCACACACUUCUGUGGUGUGGAUAUAUUCGCAUUAUAGACAUAUGAGUUAAACGCUGUCCACAUUCGAUAUUUCUAGAAUAGUGCCUGUUUACGAGGAUAUCUUCAUUCGAUCGUUGAUGAAAGCCGAAAAAGCGAAAGUUUGUCGUAACAAGCGUAAACGACCUCUUGCCUACAAAGCCUUGAUUUCUUUGUAGAAAUGCUUUCCUUUUCUUCUCUUAAGCAAUGUUUAAAAGGUUUUUAUAGUCUCCUGAGACCUGGGCAAAACUUUAUAAUUAUAACGUUUUUAAAGAGAAAAUAGAGUGUCGGUGCGCGUUGACAGGAAAACCUUUCAGAUUUAUCAUUUGAUUUCGGAAAUCCUCUCUUUUGCCGAAACGUGCUUGUCAACUUUUAACUUGAGGAGAGGUGAUUUGAUUUUCCUCUCAUUUUAGCUGGAUCUUUUGUGGACUCGUAAACAGCACGUUUUGUACAACCUGUUUGAGUGGCCUACUCGGCGUCACGCCAGGCUGAUUGUGUUGGCCAUAGCGAACACCAUGGAUUUACCAGAAAGAAUAAUGAUGAAACGAGUUUCCAGUCGCUUGGUAAGGAAAAAGGGCCCUAUAAACCUUUUGAAUUAACUUGGAAGAUUACCUCUUUACCUCUUUACAACGGCGCCUCCCUAAAACAGAGACCUGGUUAGUGAUUUGGUCUCCGCUGUGCUUCAGUUAGAUCCUUAUGACUCUCUUCAAUGCGGACACCCAUCUAAAACGGACACUAAGAGCCGAACCCAACAGACACACCAGACAAAAAACGAGAAUUACAACUUGCUUUUGAAUAUGCCAGUGAAUUCGCUUGCUUAGAGAAACUUUGCCCCAUUUUCUCUCUCUCCACCUUGGUGUAUAAGCAUAAUGUUUAUAACGGUGGCAUAAUGGUGUAUAACGAGCAACAUUAAAUGUUAUGGUGGGAAUGUGCAUUUUUGUACAAUCUGUGAAAUUAUAUUCCUAUUAGGUGGUCUUUGAAAAGUCCUUGAAAAGCCAUUGAAAAAUGGCUUCACAAGUUUGAGCAUUUUUACUGCAGGUUAUCCAGUAACCAUGACAUGUUCUUUUCAGGGGCUUACUCGGUUGACUUUCCAGCCUUACACGUUUUCACAGCUCCAACAGAUUGUCAUGUCUCGGAUCGCCGGACUGAACGCCUUUGAACCGGAUGCUAUUCAGCUUGUGUCUAGAAAGGUAUUCAAAAGAUAUGAUAGUAUGGUAGUUUUUCUCGCUUGUUCAUAGACUCUAUAUUUCUCUUAAGAGAUCGUCGAGCACUCUUAUGCGCUCCGCGUUUCUCUUGCUUGCUCGCGAAAGAAAAAAAAAAGAGAAAGAAAAACGCCUGUGGACAGGCUACAGUUUUCUGCUAACAGAACCUGUCUUUCACUGGCUCGAUUUUGGCGUGCUGAAGAAAGACACUGCACGAAGCCAUUAAGAUUUUUGUUGAGCAUGCGCAACAUGUUGCUAGGAUACAAUUUCGAAACCAGGCGUAAUAGCCGUGCGCUUGGUACAGCAGGCUCAGAUAUGACCAUCGGGUUAUCAAUAAACGUAUGCUCGUAUUCGAAAAAUCCAGUUUGACCAGAAAAAAAAAGAUUAAAGAUUUCGGACUGCGGCGUCUACAAAGGCUUGACGCGAUGCAGGCAGAGCCUCACUCAAGAAAACUAAAGGAGGCUCUACUUAUAGGGUGGAUUAAUUUGUCCUUCAUUUCUCAUUUCAAACAGUAGGCCACUUCCGAGUUCCAAAAACCCUCACUUUCAAAAUGAGGCCAAGUGCUAAACCUUUCUUGUGAAAAUGAGUUUUAUUUGCAUGAGAAUGAAAAAUCAUUUCCAUAUCAAAGGCUGAGCGCUUAACCUCGUUUUGAUGCAGAGGCCCGGGGGAACUCGGAAAUGCCCUAUUCGUUCGCAUACUUACUUUAAGUCUCUCAAAUUUCAUCAGCGGUGUAAAAUGAAUUUUACAACAACUGAGCGAUUUCUACCGCACUGAUUGGUCUAGAGCUAUGUUCAGUAAGAGUACAGACCAUGUAAGUAACGUAAUGGUACCGCAAUAGGCCAUUUCCGAGUUCCUCCAGGCCUCUGUUUCAAAACGAGGUCAAGUGCUCAGCCUUUGAUAUGGAAAUGAUUUUUCAUUCUCAUGCAAAUAAAACUCAUUUUCAUAAGAAAGGUUGCGCACUUGGCCUCAUUUUGAAAGUGAUGGUUUUUGAACUCAGAAGUGGCCCAUUUGUUUUCUCUUAGUUUUUCCGUGAAACUUCAACGGAAAUGGACGUCAAAAACUGUCAACUUUGCAGUUGAGUUCUAAACAUUUUGACAUCAUUUCUAUGGUCGAUAAGAGUACAGACCAUGGAGAAUUGUUGUCGAUUUGUUAAUGAGAUUCAGCUUGCCAAGAUCGCCAUGAAAGAAAAUCCUCUCUGAAUAGGGACGAGUGAUUGGACUUCUCAUUCAUUUAAAAUCCUCUCUUGAGAAUAACUGAAUUUCAUCCAUUUUACAUCGCUGAAGCUAGAGUGUUUCGAACGAAUUGCUCUGAAAUUUGUCUUUUCUAUAUCUCUUUAUUUUGCGUUUGGGGUUUGAAUGGAGCAUUUGAAUGUUGAUGUUCACCAUCUGUGCCUCACAGGUGGCUGCCGUGUCAGGUGACGCCCGUCGAUGUCUAGAUAUAUGCCGCAGAGCAGUAGAGAUCGCUGAUUCACGUUCAAAGAAGAAAGGCACCGCAUUGGUUGGAAUGAGUCACGUGGAUGAAGCACUACAGGAUAUGUUCUCUUCACCCAAGAUACGAGCCAUGAUGUAAGUCCUUAAGACCCCCGUUUACACAAAACCCUCGGAACCAUGCAAGUUUUUGAACUGCAGUGUGCAGAAAUUUGUAUGUACUCAUGUAAACAGUACUGCAAUCUGUAACAAAAUUUGCAUGGUUUUGUGUGAACAGGUUGCGUAGGUAAAAAAUUUCUCCGUUCAAAAAUUUGCCCCGGACCCAUGUAAAUGGGGUCUUAGUUUCUUCCUAGUUUGUUAAAUUUCUUUUUACCAAAGGUAAAAAGAAAGUUAUUUACUUUUCCUGGACUCUCAGUCAAAAUAAGCUGAAGCAAGUUUGUAGCUUUAUUUCUAAUUUUUAGCCGGUUUCCGGUCCUGUAGGCCAACAUUCAAAGACAAAGUAUAAAGUACGUUUAGCCAAGUAUGUUUAUAAGAGUUGAUAGCACGCAAACUGUGGCUUUAUUGAAUUGCAUGGGUGGGUUGUUCAAAGUGAUUGAUAGUUGUUAUGCUUUUACCCUUUAAACCCUAGGAUCAAAAUUGAAAUUCUCAUUUGUUUCCCUAUUCAUUUCCUACAGAAGUAGUGGGGAGAAGUUGACAAAAGAUUAAGCGAAUUCAUCUUGUGUGAUUGUGUCCUUAAUUCUCAUGACCACUCUGUUUUACAAAGCACUGAUAUUUCAAGGGGAAAUUUGAUGCUGAUCACCCUUAGGGCUUAAAGUGUUAAUAGUUAUAGCCAUUUUUUCAUACUUUAGGUGCUUGACAGAGAUGGAGAGUCUCUUUUUGAAGUCCGUUAUCGCCGAGUUUCGUAGUUCAGGACUGGAAGAGGCAACGUUUGGCGAUGUGAGUGGAACCCCAAGCUCUUUUUCACGAAUUCUGGUCACUAAUUUCUCUAGGCUAGCACUUAAAUUCACUUUUGAGUUAAACGUGAUUGAUAACCUUACUGGGUUGCUAUCAACCUGGAGCAAAUACAUUCACAGAUUCACAAUUUUGUCAACUGUGCUGUUUUAGGCUAUUUUCACACGAGUUCCCUAAGUUUUAGACCGCAAACAUCCCCGCCGUAUUUCCCCUAGGUUGAGAAUGCGCGCGCCAGCUGAGCUGUCAAACGAAAGAGGAGAAAGGGUGAAAACGGUGAGGCUCGCGCGCUUCGCGCAAAAAUCUCACUUCGCUCUGCUUCGCGCCUUUGCAAAACCGAUUUUGAGAGAAAAAACCGACUGUCUAGCAGUCUACCGAAGUUUUUAAACGCGUACUCGAGUAAAUGCUGAAGGUAAAACCCCUUCUUAGGUAAAACCUGGAUUUCCCCUUUACACUUUCACCCUAUGAAGAUUGAAUGGUAUAACCUCAGAACCGAUUUACCGACAACAUAAACACGCUGGAACGAUCUUAAAAGAAUUUUUUCGUUUAUCUCUGGGGAGUCGAUUUUUGUUUUUUGUCUCGAGAAGGGAACUUAGGUGACUUUAAGCAUUAACAACGGUUAAGGAUUAUUUCCAUUUCAUUUCCUCGCUUUACUAUUGGUUAAAAAAUCUCCUGCCUUUUAUCCUAACCAAUCUGAAACAAGCCUUUCAAUUUUUUUCCUUGCUUGGUGCCGAUGACGUGCAUUUGUUCCGAUAUCUGAUUGGUUAAUUCCAUUUUCUUUAUCUGUUGUGAUUGCCAAGGUUACUUACAUAUAUCUUGUCUUUUAUUUAAAAAACCCAAGUGCAAUUUUGUCAAGUCGCGCUUUAGUAAUUAAAAAAUCCUUGUUGUUUCAGGUUUACCAACAGCUUGUCGAUUUUUGUCGUAUUGAAGGUAAGGCAACACUCUUUGACUUAUUUUAAUCUGUAAAGUAACGAAAAAACGUAAAAUUUUGUUAGUAAAACCUUUCUCUUGUCUGACAUACUCAUGAGUCGUAGUUUCAUACCCCGUCGACAAAGCAAUUUCUCAUGAUAUUUCUGCUGCGGCACAUUUAAUUUGGUUUUACACACCAAGGCGAAACGAGGUUCUGCUGUCGAAUACACCCAACUUUGUUCCCGUGCUUUCAUGUCUUCCAUUAGCCUGCGAGCAAUCUCUCUCGGGGGAGGCGGUGGGGGGCUAGGGGGACGGGGAGGAAAUGGAAUGAGAUUACAGUCCUUGUGUUGCGCCAUUUUCAUGAUGCAUCCAUGCUCAACUAUCCCAAGCAGAUGACCUUGUAUAAAUGAUUUGAUGAAUUAUUCGGCCAUUUCUCAGGUGAUGUUUGUUUUAAUUUGGCUUUUUGUUGUGUUUGCAUUGUGCGCGAAUCAAAAGUGCGGCGGCCUGGGUCAGGUCCGUACAACCGGAGUGUACCAUUUCAAUGGGCACGUGGAAUUUUCCAAAUUUCAAACCGAAUUUUUGUUCAAUGGAGAGCGCCCAGCUCUUGUUAGCCUUUGCACUCUUAUAUCCAGGGCUUUUCCUUUGUAGAUUGUCAGGGUCAAAAAUUCCCAUUUCCUUUCAUACCUUGGCAAUUACUACAUCAUAAUCAGAUUCGUAUUUCUUUCCCUUUUUUUAGGAGUCACCGCUCCGACACCUUCCCAAGCCGCGGCUGUUUGUUGCCGCUUGGGAGCCUGGAGACUACUGCUAGUGGAAUCCGGCCGUCGAGAUCUGGAGCAGAGAAUUCGUUUGAAUGUUAAUCAAGAUGAUGUACUGUAUGCUCUCCAAAAGAAACGCACGUGACAGUCACGUGUACAAGUCAUACGCAUGCUUAGACUCUCUUGGAUAUAAACACACAUUCCCAUUACACGGAACAAUUGGAAGAGUUAAAAAGACAAGUUUUUGCUAUUUUU